AUGGACAGCCUAGGAUACACAUCCUGUGUAGAUUACGGCAGUGUUCCCAAUUGUAAAGAGAGACAUGCUAUUGAUCUACACAUCAAACACCACGAUGUUGUGAUUUACCAAAUCAACGUAGAGGCUGUGACUGAUUUACUGGGUGAAAUCCAAAUAAUAGAGACAGGAAAAAGACAAGUUAGAAAUGAAUGCCUGCUUAAAGAGAUAUCUACACCGGUAUUACACAGGACUGUUACUGUGCCAGAGGAAAUUUAUCAUAUUUCCGGUGUGACAAAAGACCAGGUCUGGAUCUGCAAUGGUAAAACUCUUAUCUUGAUAAACUCAGAGGGGGACAUACUACAUCAUCUGACAAAUGUAAUUAGCGUGUGGGGACAACACACAGUGGAUCUUACUGGUGAUCUUAUAUACAUAGACAGGAGUGAUAAUGUUAUCAAACUCUCUAAAGAUAACAGAUUUAAGUCUACACUGAUAAAGAAAACAGAACAAUGGGUACCACAGUGUAUCUACUCCUCCCACCUCAACAGCGAUUUGCUGGUCGGGAUGAGCUCCAACAAUUCAGGUAUAGUAGCACGCUUUAAUGACAUAGGACAACUCAAACAGACAAUACAGCAUGGCACCACAGGCCAGGAACUGUACUCUCAUCCUAUGUACACCACAGAGAACCGGGAUGGAGACGAUAUUGUGUCUGACUUAGUCCCUGUAGUGGUGACAGACAGAAGAGGAAGACACCGCUUCUCCUACACAGGCCCUACAUCAGGAUCACAAAUAUUACCAUACGGAAUCUGUACUGACGCGCUGUCACACAUCCUGGUGUGUGACAGUAACACUAACUCAAUACAUAUGCUUGACAGGGACGGUCACUUCCUGUCACAUAUCCUGACAGCAUACGAAGGGAUAAACGGACCAAUGGACCUGAGUUUUGACGACAAAACCCACUUUCUCUGGGUUGGAUUGUCGUAUGGGGAAAAGAGAGUGUGUGUAUACAGAUACAUAGAGAGGCAUGGCUAUCUACAAUAUAACAUGUCAUAG